AUGGCAACGGUCCGUGCAUUUUCCUCUCUCGCUACCUGCAUUCGUCCCUCACGAUUCCUGCAUUUGCCCCUCUCUCCCCAUCCCUUCGCCGCUCUCGCUCCCUGCAUCUGUCCCCCCUGCUCGCUCCAUUCGCCCCUCCAUUCCCCAAUCCCGCUCCCUCCGUUCGACUCUCUCCCCCAAUCGGCCCCCCCACGCUUCCUGCAUGCGCCGCUAUUGCUCCCUGCAUGCGCCUCUAUGGCUCCCUGCAUGCGCCUCUAUUGCUCCCUGCAUGCGCCUCUAUUGCUCCCUGCAUGCGCCUCUAUUGCUCCCUGCAUGCGCCUCUAUUGCUCCCUGCAUGCGCCUCUAUGGCUCCCUGCAUGCGCCCCUCUCGCUCCCUUCAUGCGAAUGUGCUCAACUGCUCCCAUGCGUGACCAUGAUGGGGGGCUGCACGGGUCAUCUCCAGAGGCGCUCAUCCACGUGUGGUGGGGUCGAGUGCCAGAGGCGCUCAAGGCGGCCGUGAGCGACCCUCCCAUCGCCAAAGCCUCUCCCCGCCCUGCCUCCCGCCCCGUCCUCCCCCCCCCCCUCUCCCCCCCUCCUUCCCCUGCGUGCACGGCGCUUGCCCUGCAGGGGUCGAGUGCCAGAGGCGGUCAAAGCGGCCGUGAGCGACCCUCCCAUCGCCAACCCUUCUCCCCCCCACCUCCCCCCACCUCCCCCCACCUCCCCCUCCUCGCCCCCCGUUUCCCCCCCUCUCCCCGGGCGCAUGGGGCUUGCAGGGGUCGAGUGCCAGAGGCGCUCAAGGCGGCCGUGAGCGACCCUCCCAUCGCCAAAGCCUCUCCCCGCCCUGCCUUCCGCCCCGUCCUCCCCCCCCCCCCUCUCCCCCCCUCCUUCCCCUGCGUGCACGGCACUUGCCCUGCAGAGGUCGAGUGCCAGAGGCGCUCAAGGCGGCUGGGUCGAGUGCCAGAGGCGCUCAAGGCGGCUGUGAGCGACCCUCCCAUCGCCACGCGCGACCAAAAGUGCAAGGUAGAUGGUGCAGGAGGCCAACUGGGAGGUGGUGCAGCGGGACACCAACUGGGAGGUGGUGCAGCGGGCGCUGGUGCCGCUCCAUGCCACUCCGUGCAGCGGGCGCUGGCGCAAUCCUUUGCCUCAUUUGCCAAACCCCUUCCUUGUCGUGCCACUGCGUGCCCUGCUGUGCUGCUGAGGGGCGCGCAGGACGUUGACCGGGAGGAGGUGCAGCGGGCGCUGAUGCUCUCCUUUGACUCAGUUUUUAAAUCCCUUCCAUUUCAUUCCGUUCUUUGCCCUCCCAUGCAGGUGAGGGGCGAGCAGGACGUCAACUGGGAGGUGGUGCAGCGAGCGCCGGUGCCGCUCCGUGCCGCUCCGUGCAGCGGGCGCCGGUGCCGCUCCGUGCAGCAGGCGCUGGCGCAGUCCUAUUCUUCAUUCACAAAUUUCCUUCCACUCGUUGCCCUCCCGUGCGAGCAGGACGCCAACUGGGAGGUGGUGCAGCGGGCGUUGGUGGCAGUGGAGGAUGUGGAUGGGGCCAUUGCAGGAUGGGUGAGUCGACUCACAAGUCAGAGCGCUGGUGGCAGUAGAGUGGAGGACGUGGAUGGGGCCAUUGCAGGGCUCAAGUCCGAGGGGUGCGACACGCUCAUGCGAGUCGACUCAAAACUUGGCGCGCUGGUGGCGGAGGAGGAUGUGGAUGGGGCCAUCGCAGGGUACCUGUACCGAGCGCUGAGGACGGGGGAUGCAUUGCUGUGUGCUCCUUCACCCCACUCUGCCGUGCCCCCUGCACCCCGCCGUGCCCCCUGCACCCCGCCGUGCCCCCUGCACCCCGCCGUGCCCCCUGCACCCCGCCGUGCCCCCUGCACCCCGCCGUGCCCCCUGCACCCCGCCGUGCCCCCUGCACCCCGCCGUGCCCCCUGCACCCCGCUGUGCCCCUCCUCCAUACUCACGUGCCCCCCCACAUGA